CGGCGGAAAGGGAAGUCCAGGAGCAUGGGUGGCUUUUCCCCCUACCGAGGUCCGUGAGGUGUGUACUGUGCUAACCAAGGGGCGGCUCACAACCGUGACAGACUGCUAUUCCUGAGUCUCUUCUGGCCAUGGGCCCCCGCAGCCGCGAGCGUCGGGCAGGCGCGGUACAGAGCACCAACGACAGCAGCGCCCUCAGCAAGCGUUCCCUGGCCGCGCACGGGUACGUGCAGGACCCCUUUGCCGCGUUGCUGGUUCCGGGCGCGGCGCGCCGCGCACCGCUCAUUCACCGAGGGUACUACGUCCGCGCACGCGCCGUGAGGCACUGCGUGCGCGCCUUCUUGGAGCAGACUGGCGCGCCCCUGGCCGCGCGUCGCGCGCAGAUCUUGUCUCUCGGCGCCGGCUUUGACUCGCUCUAUUUUCGCUUGAAAACCGCGGGCCGCCUGGCCCGGGCUGCAGUCUGGGAGGUGGAUUUUCCGGACGUGGCGCGGCGCAAAGCAGAAAGGAUUGGAGAGACGCCAGAGCUGUGCGCGUUAACCGGGCCUUUCCAGAGGGGGGAGCCCGCGUCCGCGCUGUGCUUUGAGAGCGCAGACUACUGCAUCCUGGGCCUGGACUUGCGGCAGCUCCAGCGAGUGGAGGAGGCCCUGGGCGCCGCGGGGCUCGACGCAGCCUCACCCACUCUGCUCCUGGCAGAGGCGGUGCUGACCUACCUCGAGCCAGAGAGUGCCGCGGCCCUCAUCGCCUGGGCAGCCCACCGUUUUCCUAAUGCCCUUUUCGUGGUCUAUGAGCAGAUGAGGCCUCAAGACGCCUUUGGCCAGUUCAUGCUGCAACAUUUUCGGCAGCUAAACUCCCCCCUGCAUGGCCUGGAGCGCUUUCCUGACGUGGAGGCGCAGCGGCGCCGCUUCCUUCAAGCUGGGUGGACUGCCUGCGGUGCCGUGGACAUGAAUGAAUUCUAUCACUGCUUUCUCCCCGCAGAAGAGCGCCGGCGGGUGGAAAAUAUUGAACCCUUUGACGAAUUUGAGGAGUGGCAUCUGAAGUGCGCCCAUUAUUUCAUUCUGGCAGCUUCUAGGGGAGACACCCUCUCCCACACCCUAGUGUUUCCAUCCUCAGAGGCAUUUCCUCGCGUAAAUCCUGCUUCGCCUUCAGGGGUGUUCCCUGCCAGUGUAGUCAGUAGCGAGGGCCAGGUCCCAAACCUGAAGAGAUAUGGCCACGCCUCUGUCCUCUUGAGCCCGGACGUUAUUCUCAGUGCAGGAGGAUUUGGAGAGCAGGAGGGGCGGCACUGCCGAGUGAGCCAGUUUCACUUGCUGUCAAGAGAUUGUGACUCUGAAUGGAAAGGCAGCCAAAUAGGCAGUUGUGGGACUGGAGUUCAGUGGGAUGGACGCCUUUAUCACACCAUGACAAGACUCUCAGAGAGUCGGGUUCUGGUUCUGGGAGGGAGACUGUCCCCAGUAAGUCCAGCCUUGGGGGUUCUCCAGCUUCAUUUUUGUGAGAGUGAGGAUAAUAACACUGAGGACCUGAAAGUGACAAUAACAAAGGCUGGCCGAGAGGAUGAUUCCACUUUGUCUCGUUGGCGGCAUUCAACAACAGAAGUGUCCUGUCAGAAUCAGGAAUAUUUGUUUGUGUAUGGGGGUCGAAGCGUGGUGGAACCUGUACUAAGUGACUGGCAUUUCCUACAUGUAGGGACAAUGGCUUGGGUCAGGAUCCCAGUGGAGGGAGAAGUACCUGAAGCCCGGUAUUCUCACAGUGCCUGCACUUGGCAAGGGGGAGCCCUUAUUGCUGGAGGUCUCGGGGCUUCUGAGGAGCCAUUGGACUCUGUGCUCUUUCUGAGACCAAUCUCUUGUGGAUUCCUCUGGGAGUCAAUAGACAUCCAGCCUCCCAUUACCCCAAGGUACUCCCACACAGCUCAUGUGCUCAAUGGAAAGCUGUUACUGGUUGGAGGGAUCUGGAUUCAUUCCUCCUCAUUUCCUGGAGUGACUGUGAUCAAUUUGACUACAGGAUUGAGCUCUGAGUAUCUGAUUGACACAACAUAUGUGCCAUGGCCAUUAAUGUUACACAAACACACUAGUAUCCUCCUUCCUGAAGAGCAGCAGCUCCUGCUUCUUGGAGGUGGUGGGAACUGCUUUUCCUUUGGUACCUACUUCAACCCCCAUACCGUCACAUUAGACCUUUCUUCCUUAAGUGCUGAGCAGUAAGGACUGGACUAAUAUUCAGGACCCACUAAAGUAGACAAUAAAGUUUUCCAAAAUAGGACGACCCUCUAGCUAUAGAUACUGCCACUCCUUUCCCCAUCCUUUUUCCCUUAGCACUAUUCAGUGCAAAAAGUGAAAAGGGUUGGUAAAAUAGGUAAAAUACCUGGAAACAGUCACUACAGAAAACAGCUGAAGACAGUGGCCAUGCAGUCCGAGAGUAGUAGUGGUCUUCCUCUAAUUUUCUAAUAUAAGUUCAUUUAUUGAGUUACAGUGGUCUUUAGUAAAGUAAAACAACUUCCCAAUCCCAGGCCUUGUGAUUUGAGAUGGUACCUUAGAAAAAGUUACACGCAGUUCCGUAGUUGAAUAUACUUGAGAUGAUACCUUAGAAAAAGUUUCAAGCAGAUCCUUGGUUGAAUAUAGUUGAAGGAGCGUAGUAUUGACCUAAUUCUUCAUGUAGGAAACCUGAAAUGAACACAGUCACAGUUUGAUUAAAACAUUGUCCUGUUUAUUGCAACAGAAAACUCGGAUAGUUUUAACAACAGGAAACACUUGUAGAACUUCCUUUAACAACAUACUUUUUAAAUGUUUUGCUAUUGGUUCCAUAUUUAUUUAGAUUUAUAAGUGUCAAUAAAGCAAACGUUUGAUGCCUCAA